AGCAUCGCAGGAUUCGUUUGGGCUUUCAUUUGGGGUUUAACAGUCACUGGGACGGUAGCGCGCGCCGAGACAAAUUUUCCCAUAAUAUCAAAAAAUCCCGACAAAAAUCCGAAAGUAAAAUAUCUCGGGAUGAUAUUUAGUUUCUUCUCUUAAUUUGUAUUGCCCCGGCAACGUUUGUGGAAAGUUUAAGCUAAACUUUAAAUCGAAUUAAGCGCCGCCAUUCAGAAAUCAAAAGAUUCAACAUUCAAAAUAUUUAAAAAGUAAAUAACAUGCAUCUGUGAGUGGGGACUUUCGGCGAAACAGCAGCGGAAGGAGGGACGGAAAACGGCAAAGGGCGUGCAAGGCAGAAUAACGGUUCCUGGCGGAGUGUGUGUAAAAAUGUGCUUGGUGGCGUACGACAAAAGAAACGGGAUGCGAGUGCGAAAUUAAAAUUAAAUUCACACAAAUUUAUGCGCGAGGCGCGUGUUAUAGCGAAUCCUGGGCCUUUGGAAAUUUGCAUCGUUGACGAGGCGGAAUAAUGAAUCGAUGACUAUUUGCUGCUGAUACGGCCACAUCUGCCAGCUGUCUUGGGUCGCCCCUCUCACUCUCACUUACUAGCGUUAUCCUGGGAGCCCCAAAGAACAACAACAACAAAAAUCAGACUCCUUGCCCGAGGCCCAGCUUGCAACUCGAACUCCAACCGAGAGACCAUUCGAACUCAAACCGCAGCGAACCUCAUACCAAAAAGUCUGCGCAGGAAAGAGCGAGAGAGAGGGAGUGCGCCAAAGGACUCUCCGCCGGCUGUGGGAGUGGUAGAGGAAAAGGACGAGGCGGGAGACGGAAGUGGUGACAUCUGUUUUGCCGCUUUGUCAGAUUGCGGAUGCUGCUGCUGCCGAACACGAACGAACACGAACGAGCACGAACGAACAAGGAGCACAACGUGAACAAGUGUGGAAAUUGGAAUUUUUAUUCAAAACAAUGCCCCUGCUGCAACAGUACGACACGCCUGAUUGCUCUGGAUCUGGUGGCAACAUGCGAGCUUUGAGCGGUGGCUCGAUCAGCUCCUACUUGGAGCACCAGCAGCAGCAGCAGCAACAUCAGUUGCAACUGCAGCACCACCAACAUCAACUCCUCGACAGAUCCAACGACGAUGGAUUGAUAUCCUUCAUUAAUGAUCCAAUCACACUGAACGAUCUACUCGGCCUGUGCGGCAGUGGUGGCAAUGGAGUCGUCGGUAUUGGCCAAAACCCCUCGACAUCGGCCACGUCACUUGGAGGAAGUGGAGCGGCAAACGGAGGAGCAGGAGUAGCUACAACCGGUGGAACAACAACUGGAGUGGGAGGAGGAGGAGGAGCAGGAGGAAUGGGGCAAGGACCAGGAGGAGUCGGAGGACAAACCACCGCCACCACGGGCAACCCAUCCGCCAGCUUCGGUGGCAACGGCAGCAGCAGCGAAGUGAACAAUCUGCUGCUCGCCAGUGCGGCAGCCGCUGCUGCUGCCGCUGCCGCCGCGGCUGCCGGCGAUGGCGUUCAACUGUCCGCCAAUGCGGCGGUCUACGCUCCGCUGACUCCGAGCUCCACACAGUCCUCGGCCUCGCCGGGCACCAAGUCCAGCUUUGACUACUUCCAGUUUGAAAAUGUUGCACAAAGUAACCCACUUAAGGCUUUCCAAAGAACAAACAUCAGCUUCGAUUGCUCUGCACCCUUAUCGCCAAGUACGCCUACAUCUAUUUACAAUCGCUCCUUUCACAGUUCACCUUUAGUCAGCGAUAGCAGCAACUCCUCGAGUGGCAAUGGCCUUUCCAUGGACUCCAUCAACAUGCUGUACCAGCAGCAGCAGCAACAACAACAGCAUCCACAGAAUCAGCAGAAUUACACCAGCCUGGGAAACUGCACUGGCAGCGGAUUGGGACUCAGCCUGGCGAACGCCUCCACGCGCUCCAACUCGCCAGAGAGCCAGAACAGCGGACAGUCCAUAAGCGAGCCCAAUCUACUGGACAUGAUUAAUUUGUUAUCUGUGAAUAGCAACAAGCUGGCCUCCAUGCAGCAGCAGCAACAGCAUCACCACCACCAACAGCAGCAACAACUCCAGCAACAGCAGCAACAACAGCUGCAGCAACAGUAUGUCAACCUGAACAGAAACUACGAGCAGCAGAUGGCCGCCAAUGGAGGUGGACAGCAGCAUGGUUUCGAGCACAACGGCGUGGGAACUGCCAGCGGAAGCAGCGACAAUGGGAUGAGCCACUAUACCCUAGAGAACCUAGCAAGCGUGGAUAUGGAACUGGCCAAGUUGCAGAAUCUACAGCGCAUCAACACGCUGAAGCUGCUGCAGGCCCAAACCCAGCAGAUGCCGCUGAUCAACCAGCUUUUGCAGAGCUACGCCGGCACCACAAUGGGCAGCGUGACGGGGAGCAAUCUCAGCAGCCUGAUGAGCAUGGGAUCGACCAGCGGCAUGUCGGAAAUGACGGGAGUCAGUGGCGGCAGCGGGCCAACAAACGAUGGCCAUCUCGAUCGCGUGGCCAAGUUCCAUAGGAGUUCGGCCGCCCUGUGCGACGCCACCUGCACCUGGAGCGGACAACUACCGCCGCGCUCGCACCGCAUGCUCAACUAUUCUCCCAAGGUUUUCCUCGGCGGCAUUCCCUGGGACAUUAGUGAGCAGUCGCUCAUCCAGAUCUUUAAGCCAUUCGGUUCCAUCAAAGUUGAGUGGCCCGGCAAGGAGCAGCAGGCUGCGCAGCCCAAGGGCUAUGUCUACAUAAUCUUCGAGUCUGAUAAACAGGUUAAAGCUUUGCUGUCGGCCUGCGUGGUCCAGGUAGAUGAUUCGCAUAGCGGAAGCAACUUUUUCUUUAAAAUAUCUUCGCGUCGCAUCAAGUCCAAGGAUGUUGAGGUUAUUCCGUGGAUAAUCGCCGACUCGAACUUUGUGCGUUCGAGCUCCCAGAAAUUAGACCCAACGAAAACCGUAUUUGUGGGGGCCCUGCAUGGAAAACUGACUGCUGAGGGCUUGGGAAAGAUCAUGGACGAUCUUUUCGACGGAGUUCUGUAUGCAGGUAUCGAUACGGACAAGUACAAGUACCCGAUCGGAUCGGGUCGUGUUACAUUUAGCAACUUUCGCUCCUACAUGAAGGCAGUUUCGGCCGCCUUCAUUGAGAUUCGUACCACGAAGUUUACCAAGAAGGUUCAAGUGGAUCCUUACCUGGAGGACGCUUUGUGCUCGAUAUGUGGAGUGCAGCACGGCCCUUACUAUUGUCGGGAAUUGUCGUGCUUCCGAUACUUUUGCCGGAGCUGCUGGCAGUGGCAGCACAGCUGUGACAUCGUCAAGAAUCACAAACCCUUGACUCGCAACUCCAAGUCGCAGAGCCUGGUUGGCAUCGGCCCGGCGUCGUCGACUGUUUCGAUGGCCUCUUCUAGCCACAGUAUUAAUGGCGACAACAAGAUGGGUCACAACAUGCAUUCUCAUCACCACCACCAGCAGCAGCAGGAACACCAUCAGCUUCAGCAGCAUUCGCAGCCUCACAAUCUCAACACAAUGGGAAACUCGAGCGCACCGAGUGUGGCCGCAAGAUCAAUCUACAACUUCCGGCAGCAGCAGCGACAACAUCAGAAGCAGCAAUUGCAGCAUCAGGCGAUCUAGACUGCUACAGCUUUUAUCCGCAACGUUUUAACGGAUACUUUGGUCUUUUAGGCAACGUAGAGAAAAUGGCGCAUACGUUUUGCAGACGGUUUUCUGGGCACCAAUGAAGACCCGGGCUGAUCAUCGUCAUUAUCAUUGUGAACACAGUUUUAUUAAUGUGUGUAUAUUAGAUCGGUACGAUAUGAAGCUUA